CCCCACGACGAUCAAUUCAACAAGACCAAUCUCGAAAAACCAUCAUGACGACAAGUACUAGACUUCUCUUCCUCGCUUUCCUUCUACUUGCUUCACCUUUCCUCAAAGUUGCUUUGUGCCAAUCGGAUUCGGAAGAUACUGGCGUUGAAGUUUCUGAUGUUAGUGAAGAAGAGAGUGAUGCAGAGGAAGUUUUUGGUUUGGAACUUAGCUCAGCUCUUGGAAUUGAAACCCUUUGCGUUUUCCCCCAAAACAGUGCAAAAAUAAUAAAAGCUGGAAUUGAGACUGAGCUGCUUGUUGGAAUGAAAAAUGAUGGUCAAUCCAAUGUAGAUAUUGUUGCUGUUAAAGGCAGUUUAUAUCUUCCUUUUGAUCAAAAUGCUGUUCAGAAUCUCACUGCUCUGAGUUUCAGCAACGCAUCUGUGCCAACUUCCGCUCAAGCUACCUUCCCAUAUGUUUUUGCUGUCAGCAAGUUCCUCCAGGCGGGUGCUUUUGAUUUAGUUGGCACCAUCAUCUAUGAGAUAGAUGGUAAGCCAUACCAAAGCACCUUUUACAAUGGAACUAUCGAAGUUGUUGAAGACGGUCCUCUCUUCAGGAUGGAGUCAGUCUUCCUUAGUGGCCUUUUGAUUUUUGUUAUCAUUCUUCUAGCCAUAUAUAUCCAAAAUGGUUUGAAGCAUAUGACUAAGAAAACAAAGAGAGCACCAAAAGUUGAAGUUGGAACCACAACUAAAAAUGCUUCGCAUGAUGAAUGGCUUGAGGGUACUUCGUACACUCAAUCAUCGAGUAAGUCAAAGAAGAAGAAGUAGAUUAAGAGCAAAUCUCACACUCUUUGUUAGGGGACUUGAGAUAAGAAACCGAAAACAUACGA